AUGAUCCGGAUCUCGCUGCUCCUCCUGCUCUGCUCCGGCUCGUUAAGCGCCAGUCAGCAGCAGCCGGAGACCCCAGACUGGAGGAUGACCCUGAAGAGGAUCCGGAAUGGAGUCCACAAGAUUGACAUGUACCUGAACGCAGCUCUGGACCUGCUGGGGGGCGAGGACGGACUGUGCCGCUUUAAAUGCAGAGAUGGUUCCAAGCCAACUCCACGCUAUGGCUAUAAACCUUCACCUCCGAAUGGAUGUGGAUCCCCUGUGUUUGGUUUUCAUUUUGAUGUUGGCAUACCCUGCAUGACAAAGUGCUGCAAUCAGCAUGACCGCUGCUAUGACACAUGUGGUAACCUGAAGAAUGAGUGUGAUGAACAGUUCCAGAACUGCCUCUCCAAAAUAUGUCGAGAUGUACAGAGGACCCUGGGAAUUGCAGAGACUGUGAAAGCUUGUGAAUCUGCAGUGGAACUCCUGUUUGAUGCAGUCAUACAUUUGGGAUGCAAACCCUUCAUGGAAAGCCAAAGAGCUGCUUGCAUCUGCCCUUAUGAAGAGAAGAUAGACCUUUGA